GGAACAGGCGCACACCGCCAUAAAACUCCCACAGCUCAGGCGGGCACGCGCACGCAGCUGUCUACGUCUUGGCGAACGAGGCCGCACUGCUUUGUCCAGGGGGCGGGGCUGUCAGGCAAAGUACACAAGCUGCUGAGUGAAGAGAGACUUCUACUGGAGGGAAUGGCCGCCUCCUCAUCCUCAUCCUCAGCUGGUGGGGUCAGUGGAAGUUCUGUCACCGGAUCUGGUUUCAGUGUGUCCGACCUUGCCCCACCUCGGAAAGCUCUGUUCACCUACCCGAAAGGAGCUGGAGAGAUGCUAGAAGUAUCUUCUGGGGCUUGGUUCUGCUUCAACUUCCCCUCCUACACCACCUCCGAAUUCCACACCUAUGCCUCAUCUCCAAGGACACUGAAGUCAACAGAUGGCUCUGAGCGAUUCCUCUGUGAGUCGGUGUUUAGCUAUCAAGUGGCGUCCACACUUAAACAGGUGAAGCACGAUCAGCAAGUCGCUCGGAUGGAAAAACUGGCUGGUUUGGUGGAAGAGCUGGAGGCUGAUGAGUGGCGGUUUAAACCCAUCGAACAGCUGCUGGGGUUCACACCCUCCUCGGGUUGACGUUGCCUGCGUGAGCACCCUUAGGGCACAGCCACCCAGAGAGUCACGCUGUACUGUGAGCUGCAUGUCUGAAAAUUCACAUCCUUCCUUGGUUCCUCUGUUUCUAUUAAUAGGCCACAAGGGCUCAUGUGAGAUGUGCAGAGGUGUUUUUCACAUUCAUGUUCUUUAAAGCAUUGGGCAUCACUUGGGAAGCAGAGGCAGGAGGAUCCCUGUGAGUUUGAGGCUAGCCUGAUCUACAUAGAGUUUCAGAACAGCCAGGACUAUGUAGAGAGAGCCUGUUUCAAAAAUAAAAAGAAGUAUUGGGUAUCAGAUGAAGACAGUCCUUCCAGAGAACCAGGAGGGUUGGGAUUUAGGAGACCUAUAUCCUCACAACCCAAGUGGACACAUGGCAGAGUCAGCCAACUGAAAGGCAUAUAUCCUGUCAUUCAGUGAGCAUAGGGAAGCUUUCACCAGCUAUGUCCAAGAUGAGCAUCUGUCGCUUCACGGUCACAUCCCAAACAUUUCUCUUCACACAUGAAUGUGAUUUAGCUCAGGGUCCGUCCAGAUGGAAUUUUAAAGUGUUCUUUCCUCUCUAUUCUUAGGAAUUUAAUAUUACAGACUAUUUUUCUCACCUCUUACGACAUGCCAAAUGGUUCUACUCCACUCCAUCUCUGUCCCCCAAAAUUGCUUUUUGAAUGUUACAGCACUUGAAACUAUGAAGUGACCUAAAUCCUUUUAGACCCAGCAGUCUCAGUCCAGCUCACAGGGAUAUGAAAGCAAUUCUGUAGCAAAUAAAUCCUUCAUGGGUUCCACA